AGUCGGUUCCUGGGGGGGCAGGUUUGUGUGAUGAGGGUCCGUUAAAGGGCCAGUCCUCUCUUUGGCCUACGAACUAACUGCUGUUGUCUUCAGUACUUCCUAAGACAUAUAUUGUAAAUAUCUCUGUCUGAACCGUGAUGAAGUGUGUUUUCAGAGUUCUGACCCGGACUGUAGCAAGGCUAGUGCUACGGGGGUCACCCGACAGGACAGAGGACACAGGGUUUAGUGCAGGAACUCCUUUAUUUCACCAGACACACGUGCACCAGCAGAACCUUCAGCAGAGACCUCUCCCAGCAGAACUCUUGCUGGAGUGCAGCUGCUCUUUAUGAAGGCAGGCAGGGUUGGGCACACCUGUGCCCAAUCAUCUGAGUGGCUGCUCCUCCACCCUGCCACACGGACAAUAGCGGUUAACUAAAGGUGGUGGCUGCAGCUUCUACCUGCUGGGUGUUAAUUAUUAAUCUAAUAAAAAGGUUUACUGCGGGACAAAGGAGGACAAAGUUCAGUGUUUCUGCAACUGGAGACAUCAGCGUACUUUAUGACAUCAUAGCUCAGCUAACAGGCUAACUCUCAUCCAGAAACAUUACAUUUAACUAACAUGAAAUAAACCAUCCGUACAUUAAUACAACUCAGAAUGGAGCGAGGACUCAUCAGGAUGAAGUGUUUUCUGACUAUACACAAUCAAAUGCGUCACAGCAGCUUCUCCAACCUCCUACUGCUGAUCUGGUGGUGGAAACAAACGAGGACGAGUCGACAAAUUCCCACUCCUUUGCUGCAGGGAUCCUGCCGGUGGCCGACCCAACCUCACCUUGUUCCUGCUCCAGCGGUGGUCCUGGACUCAUUGGCCCCUGUUCCUGCUCCAGCGGUGGUCCUGGACUCAUUGGCCCCUGUUCCUGCUCCAGCGGUGGUCCUGGACUCAUUGGCCCCUGUUCCUGCUCCAGCGGUGGUCCUGGACUCAUUGGCCCCUGUUCCUGCUCCAGCGGUGGUCCUGGACUCAUUGGCCCCUGUUCCUGCUCCAGCGGUGGUCCCGGACUCAUCUGCCCCAGUCUCCGUUCCUGAGGCGGUCCCGCCAGUCUCUGUUCCUGAGGCGGUCCCGCCAGUCUCUGUUCCUGAGGCGGUCCCGACAGUCUCUGUUCCUGAGGCGGUCCCGCCAGUCUCUGUUCCUGAGGCGGUCCCGCCAGUCUCUGUUCCUGAGGCGGUCCCGCCAGUCUCCGUUCCUGUGGCGGUCCCGCCAGUCUCUGUUCCUCUUCCUGAGGCGAUCCUGGACGCACCUCAGAUUCCAUCUGUCCAGUCCCGAGAACGGCCCUCUGGCCAGUGUGCCAGGUCCCGAGUCCGGUUCCGGGUUCGGCCCCCUGAACUGUCUUUCUGGUCGGCCCGGUCUCCCGGACGGCCCCCUGAACUGUCUCGCCGUUCUGGACGGCUCCUGAACUGUCUCACCGGUCUGACCGACCUGGUGCCCAAGACCCCGGAGCCCCGACUUUGUGUUGCCUGGGCCCUCCUCCGGGCCCCCUCCGCCCACCCUGUUUUGGGAUCUGGAUGUUGUGGUUGUGAACAUCUGGGAUCUGUUCCUAGAGGGGGGGGUAGUGUUAGGAAUCGGGCGGGCAAGGUUUUCUUCCCCAGCCCGGUUGGUGCUGAUUGGCACUCUGAGCGCACACCUGCAGCUCGUCAGCCUCAUCAGGAGGAGAGCUUAAAGAGCGGGGGCUGCGAGUUGUUGGGUGUGGGUUUGUCUUGUAACAUUGGUUAACUUUGGAAGGCGAUUAGUUAGUGGUUUACUUAUGUUCUGAGCCUGUUUAUUUUCCAAUUCCUGUGAGGAAGGUUUUUGUGUUCUUUUUUGAAGUGAGGUUUUUUGUCGUUCCACUUUCUGUGGAUUACCUGUGGGGGUUCUUUGGUUCAGAAUUAAACCACGCCGUGAUUUUUGGCUAAAAUUA